CCAUCCUCCUCCCUCCCCGGCCUUCUCGCCGCCUCUGCCUUCCCCCCCCCCCCUGCCUUUUGCCCUUGCACGUCCACACACACACACCCUUGCGUAUCCCCUAGCCAUGGCCGCGACUCUGCCCCUUACCGAGGAAAUGUCCCUCCUGCUGGAGCAGGACACCACCUUCGACCCGUCGGCCGCCGGGACGGCGCUCUUCUCCGUCCCGGACGAUGUGCCGGAUUUUGAUUUGCGCCUGCAGGAGGAUUUGCAGACGCGCACCUUGGCGGCCAUGGAGCUGGCUGGGGGCCGGCCUGUGCUCCUGCUUUCCUACCCCUGCUCCAGCGUGCGGGUCAACUCCACCCACACCCUCGAAGCCGGGACGCUCUUCUUUAUGUCCGGACGCCUGCACUGGAAGCCGCAGGCUCCGGGGGCCGGAUUCUCCAUGGACUACGCCAGCAUUGUGGUGGCGGCCGUCUCAGCCGCCGAGGGAGAUGGCGAACCACUGGUCUUCGUGCAGAUCGCCUCCCAGGUGGACACGGCCAUGGACGAGUAUGAGCCCGUUGAUGUGACCUUCGCCGCGGCCAGCACUUCGGAUGCCAACUUCCUCUACCACCUGUUCAAUGUGUGCAGCUCAAUCAACUCCUCGACCUCCGGUCUGGAGGGCUCGGACGAGGAGGCCGACGGGGACGUUGAGGAGUCCGGCACCGACCAGGACCCCACCUCGGCCGACCCCAUGAUGGCUGGCAUGAUCACUCGCGACAUGAUCCAGGGCAUGGACCCGGAACAGUUUGCCGGGUUCUUCUUCGGCUCUCAGACCGGUGCCCCCCCGCCGGAGAUGACCUCCGAGGGCCAGGCUCACCUAGACCGCCUAGAGGCCAGCCUCGGGACGUGCGACACCACAGCCAUGGCCACCGGCACCAUGGAGGACGACGAUGAGGAGGAAUAGGCCCGCCCCCCCCCCCCCCC